AAAGUGGGAGGGUGUAACAGACAGAAAAGUGGGAGAGAGAUGAGAAUGCAAACGAGAAAGUGGUUCUGGUUUUAGAAAGAUUGUCUGAUUUAAGAACUCGGUGCCUGAGUGAGCACUGAAUUUCUGUCCCUGUCUCUCUCCCCCUCUCAGUUUCCAGAAUGAAAUGCAGGGGGACAAACUAGAAAAGGACUAUAAACAAGACUUCAACUUUGAAAACAAAGCAAGAGAGAACAGAAGAAACUCUGAUAUGGCAAGGAGACAGAGGCCGAAGCAGAAUACCAUCAGGGGCACCCUUGAUUGGAGCUUUCCACAACCAUGUUCCUUUAACCUCAGUAAAUACCAUGGAGGACCACAGUGAGAGCUAAAGUUUCUUUCUGAUCUGGGUGAAUUGACAGUGUUUGGUCAACAACACAACAACUGAGUCUCAGCCAAAGUGGGGAGAAGCAGGAGAAUAAAGGAAUAAGAGAUGAGGGAAUCACAAUGCCGGGUCCUGUGCACAGCCAGGAAGUGUGGCCUUCUCAAAUGGUUUAGUUUAAAGGUGUGCAAGAGGAGUACUUUCCUCUUUGCUGUCUUAUGGUUCGGCUCCUGGCUGCUCCUUAAUGGCCUGUUGCUUGUACACAGGAAUAUGUUCUCAGAUGUCUGCACAGAUGACAAGAGCCGAAGCAUACUCCAGCGAGUGUGUGAGGAGUACCAGCAAGGUGUUCUAACUGGUGACCUGUGUGAAGACCUGUGUAUUGGUGGUAAUGUUGAAUACAAGCGCUGUCUCUACUAUGAGAAUGGCAAAAAGGUGAUGGUGGCUGACUGGCGUGGCAUACCAGUGGUGCUCAAAUCUAAACUGGAAAACUUCUCUUCUUAUGAGCCCUUUGGCUUCCUGGACUACCUAGACACACCAGGUAACACCGGGGUUCAAGAAGAGCUCACACCCUUGGACGUGGUCCUUUAUGCCACCCUUGAGAUAAAGAACUCUCUGGGGCUGGAGAUUAACGUCAACAUGUCACUGCCUCAGCUAUGGGGACAGCAUGUGAGGGAACAGGGAUGGGUUUACAGCCAGGCAGAGCUGGCAUCCCUCUGGGCACUGCUUCAGCAGGAGGAGUACACCUUCCUCAGGGUGCUUCAGGACCUUAGCCACCAUGUAGCCAAGGUGGUGGGCUCAUGUGGACAUUUUUAUGCUGUGGAGUAUCUUGUGGCCGGACAUGCCUGGGAUCAAAAUAUCUUCUCUGUAGACGAUUCCUCUGGCUUGGAUCAAACCUCUUGGAAUGGGUAUAGAAAACCAGGGGUAGACAGGGACAGGAUACAUCGCAUUGCACUUAGCUUCUUAGACAUGGUUGAACAUUUUGAGGAGGACUUUUCCCACCAUCUUCACCUUUGUGACAUCAAGCCUGAAAACUUUGCCAUCAGGAAAGAUCUUACAGUGGUGGCUAUAGAUGUGGACAUGGCUUUCUUUGAGCCAAAAAUGCAGGAUAUAUUAGAGCAGAACUGCACCAGUGACAGAGACUGUAACUUCUUUGACUGUGUCUCCAAGUGUGACACACACAAAAGAAAAUGUGACUCAAAACGCAAAAACAGCAACCUGCAGAACAAAAGAGGCUUUGUGCUGUGGCUGAGAGGUCAAGCAUCAUGCCAUCCUUCAAACAAAUGGGUGAUCUGUGAGAAGAUCUUCAGACCUUGGUUUUCUCCCACGGUCCUCGGUUCCAAGGCAGGACUCCCACUGCAGGUGGAACUACAGAGUGCAGUGCAGGAGUGUGCUGAGACUGAAGGAGGCCUGGACAUAGAGUAUGGACGAGCCAUUAGGCAACGCCUCUCCAGACUGCUAACACACCUCCUGCAGGAAAGUGCUGCCAACAAGCAGGCACAGGAACACAUAAGAUCAGGAUACCCUCACACUGCAUUAAACUUCUAAGUUUUCAAAUGGGGUUCUGACAUCAUAGAGACAGCUUUAGUUUCUGCAGUUGGAACAAUGAGCAGUUAUCCAUGCCAAUCUACUCUACUUACAUGGAGUUAUUAAAUGAUAUCCUAAUAGGAUGCAAUGGAAUAGUUUAGUCCAUGGCAAUUCUCAUUCUUAACACAUUUUAGCAAAUAAUUAUUAAUACAGUUUUCACUGACAAUGCACUAUAAAAUACAAAAUAAACAUUUUUUUCAAACAUAAACAGGAAAGGUAUUACACUUGUUGUCCUUAAGGUUAGAGGGGUGAACUUAACACAGAGUCAAAGAACAGGUUAACUGUUCGAAAAUGAAUUACUCAAAUAUUAAUAUCCCUAUUCGGUUAUCCAAUGCAUGGAAUCAUGGGAAGCAAUCAGAAAAAAAAAGUCACAUGACUGUCGAAAAAAAAAAAGUCAGGUGUGGAAAUAUUUUGAAUGCAGACUUUGUAACAUAAAACUUAAGGAAAUUCUACAUGUUUAAUAUUAAAUAGUUUAAAACGCAAACAUUCGGUCUAGAAUAAAGCUCUUGCAAUGUUCUUUAACCCAGUAUGCUACGCAGAGUUUUGUCAAAGGUGGGGGUUUUCUAUAGUUGAUGAGUAUGUGAAGCCAGAUUAUAAAGUUCCCUCCUGUAAAACCAUAACUUCAAGACUGGAGAUUCUUUAUGAAGAAGCUGCUGUCUCAAAGGUAAUGCUGCAAUUAUUAUUUGAUUCAGAGAUGUGCACAGCCGAUUGCUAUUGUAAACACAAUAAACAGUGCAUCUGUUUUGCACUUUCUUUGUUCUGUUUUAUGUAACAUAUUUGUGCGUAGUGCAGAGAAAGAAAAGGGAGACUGACUUUAGUCUACAGUCUAAUGAAGGCUAAAACAGUCUGAUAUCAUUGCAGACUCAUCACUACUGGAAAGACAAAAAGCCAUAGAUAGCUUUAACUCCUUCCUUUAAAUAGUUCCUUCCAUUGCAUCCUCAAAGACAAAAGUUAGCUCAAUAAAGUAGGUAAUGCACUCACCCUCAGGAUAUGCCGUGUCUGGUUUCAAAAGAAUCACAAGUUGCCUUCUGAUAUCCACCAGUCCUGUGCUUUGCCCCAUCUUCCUGUAUUGCUUGUAUUUGCCUCAUGUUCACAUUUCUAUCCCUCUUGCACAAAAGAGAUUCUACUGUCCCCGUUACAAACUGUAAAAGAGUUAAACUCAACUCUCUUGUUCUCAAGCAAACAUAAUUGUGCAGCAACCCUGAGUAGCUACAGUACAUACACACCAUAGCCAGCCUGGUCAGUUUAUUACCGGACUGAAUACUUUGUGGAGUAGGAAGAAUAUAAUAAAUGACUCCUACAAUUAAUUUAAUGCAGUUCACAUCCAUGGCCCAUAGUUCUAUCCAGCUGAUCUUCCUCCUCUCAAUAACACUUUGCUUGAUACCACUGCUGAUUGUUUAGCUUCCUCUUCUUCUUUACAACCAAAUUUGGUUACUUUCUGUUUCUUCUCAUGUGCUGUAACUUCACCCCAAGCUCUCCCCCUCUGCACCUGCCCAACAAUAUUCCUAUGAGCAUGCCUGACUGCUUCCUAUUGAUUCCACUUCUUCCCUGUGGACUGGGACAGUGUUCUUGAUGACUGGAUUCAUUAAUAUAAUAAAAUGUGUUUGAUCAACUGAGCAAUAUAAUUGUCUGCUGACAUCACUGCUGCUACUGUCCUAUAAGUAAGGGAUAACGGAUGACACGGUGUUCGGUUCACACAGAAAUAAAUGCACAUUUGAGGUGGUAAAAUGGCCCCGACGCGCCAGCGGAGGGCCAUUACACCUCGUAAGUGAACCCAACACUGUGGAGUCCAUUAUCCUGCUUAUACCACUGUUGCAACUUGCGUUAUGUUCAUUAUUGUUAUAAUUUAAAUGUUUUCAUUGCUAAAACUGUCUUGUUUGUAGAACUACAUCUUACUCAUUUCUCAACUUGCAUGACAAACUGCCUUUAUUAAUUUUAAAUGGAUGGUUGCUAUGGCCAAAGGCCAGUCGUUAGUUCCAUCUCUCCUGUUGUCAAGCGGGCAUAUCCCAGGAUUCUGAUGAAUCUCAGCUUUGAAACAUCGCUAAUAUAGGCUACUUAGCCUACUGCCAUGCAACUAGCCAAAAGCCACCUCUGUCAUAUGCUACAAUGUUGCUAUGUUCUAAAUGUCUGUAUUUUACAACUCUGAUGCAACGUGACAGUUCAUUUAAACUUCACAACGAGUUUGGCAAAUUGAUAUACAAUAUAUAGCCUAUAAGUGUGAUACAGCUAAAAAUACUGGAGCUACUUCACACUUCACUGGUGUGCAAAUUACCUACGGUUAUUUCACGUUUUAAAGAAUGCAUGACAAUGGGAAAUUCAACCAAGCAGUGGUAUCACAUUUUGAUAAUGGUCACUAUGUAUUGAGAAUGAAAACUCACAACCUGUAACCAAGACAUAACAUUCUGUAAACGAGAACACUGUCAUUUAUGUCAAGAUCUUAUAAAAGUGUUUUACAAGCAUAAUUCAAAUGCAA